CCACACAAUCAACUGUUUCUUCUUCAUUUCUACUCUUCCACUGCUGUUUUUUUUUUCGUUCCAUUUCUAUCUUGUGAUCGAAGUCAUUCUGAAGACUGAAGAAUGUGUGGAGGUGCUAUCAUCUCUGAUUUCAUACCUCGCAACCGGAACCGCCGCGACCCAGCCCCAGACCGCUGGCCGGACUCUUUCUUCGCUAAACCCGAUGGCUGUGAAUACGAUUUGGGCCGAUUUAGCCAGAGGGGGCUUCCUAAUCUGAAAAGGUCUCAACCCAUUUUGGAUGAUGAGCCAGAAGUGAAGCCGGCUAAGAGGGUGAGGAAGAAUCUGUACAGGGGGAUCCGGCAGCGUCCUUGGGGAAAAUGGGCGGCUGAGAUUCGUGAUCCCAGUAAAGGGGUUCGGGUUUGGCUCGGGACCUUCAACACUGCGGAAGAAGCUGCGAGAGCUUACGACAGGGAGGCUCGGAAAAUUCGGGGGAAGAAAGCAAAGGUUAACUUCCCCAAUGAAGACGAUGACUACACUGAGAAUCACCAAAAUCACCGUGCUCUACCAACUCGCUGGAACUCCAAUCCUUCUAUUUGUCAGCCCUAUACCCCAAAUUUCUCAAAAAGUUUGGGUUUUGCUGAUCACCUGAACCAGAUCGGAGCAUGCCCCUCCAAUGGGUUCAACACCGUUGGUGCUAUGAACGCUAACCCGGUUGCUGUCACAACCGAAGUGAAAUACGGCUCUGAUUCGGAGUCUGUGUACCCUUCCUCUGGAUUGUUGAAUUGCAAUCAGAAAGCCUGUGUUGGGAAAAUGAAAAAUGAGAAAGAGAACCAAACAGAGACUGUGACGGAAGCUGAGAAGGAGGAAAUGGAAGUGCAGAAGCUGUCGGAGGAGCUAAUGGCGUAUGAGUCGCUCAUGAAGUUCUAUCAGAUCCCCUAUCUCGACGGCAACUCAGCCGCGGUUCCCAACGCUGCUCAGGAAAAUACUGGUGUUUGCGGUGGUGCCGCCAUGGAAGCUCUUUGGAGCUUUGAUGAAUUUGCAGUUGCUCCUCAACCCACAUCAGCUGCUCUAUAAGCAUUUGGUUAUUUUGCAUCUUUUAGGUGGUUUGUAAAUUGGGCCAUGGGAGGAAAUUGUUAGAUUUCCUAUUCCCCAUUAAUUAGGAUGAUUUGCUGCUAAAUUUUGUCGGAUGGAAGUUGAAUAAACUUUUGAUCCUGUAUUCCAAUGACUUCUUAAUAUCGAAAUUGUCGAAUAAAACUCAACGGUGUAAUUCCGCGUUUUUGGAUC